UUUGAUAACAAUCGUCCGGACGAUUUUUCUUUUUUCAAUAUGGCGGGCGUACGGUUCUGGUGCGCAGUUCCCGGCUGCACAUCAAAAGUAAAGAAAAGCAGCAAAGAAAACGGAACUUUUUACCGUUUUCCAGAUUCCGCACGGUACAAAGUGGUCCACCUGCAAAAUUUAGCAAAAAUUCGCUUACAAAAAUGGAUGCAAGCGAUUCCAAAGCCACGCAUGGUUACGAAGCGAGUUUGUGCGAAGCAUUUUGUAAAAGGAUUCCCCGCUGCGCUUACGCACACGAACGAUGUUGACUGGACCCCGACACUUCAUCUGCAAGCAACAGUGGAAAACGUUCCCUCGGAUGAUCCGGUAGUUCUAUCUGCUAGUUCCGGUUCAGUCGCUGUUCAAGUGCCAGCUAUGAGAACAAACGAACGUCGUGUUGGUGAUGUGGCAAAUUAUGGGAUUAACCGGAACCCGUUUUCGAAUCGGAUGGACCGUCUUUUCCACGAUGUGCAGCCAGAGAACCUGAUAGAGCCUAUUGACACAGAUGCUACUAAUGUGUACGACGAAUCGACCGUAGCGAGUCAUAUGCGAAACGGCAUAAUGAUUGGAACCGAAGAUGUUUGUAAAGUCAAUCUAUCAUCAAUUGGAGACAAACCAGACUCUGCAAUGGAAAGUACCACUCCCGUCCGAAUCGACGUUCCAUUGCGCAGUAUCCAACUUUUUCAACGUGACGCAACAUCAUUCGAGAAAAAAAUAUCUGGAUCUAGUGUCAUUAUCACUAAGGACUCUGUCACAUUGCAGCACAACACAAUGAAGGGUAACGAUAAGCAGACACCUGCAGCGGCUAAAAAGCUUGUAAGCUAUACUUCGCAACAUGUACAAGCCACUCCAUUGGUGCGAUGUCACGGUACUCAAACCGAUAAGUUCAGUGAUGUAGAACUGUUGAAAAGAAACGUGAAGGAGAAAAACACCGAAAUAGGAGAACUCAAGCGCAAUGCAGCAAUACAAGAAGCGGAAAUAGAAGGCUUGAGAAAACGUGUUCGAAGAACAAAAGUCGAUUUGCAAACUUUGCAAGAUCGCCCAGCUGACACCAAGUUUUACACUGGGCUGGAUGACAGCCGCGUAGUGCAUACGCUUUUUUCCAUUAUUCGUCCUCACAUGCUUGCGCCCUUAAAUCUUUCAAAGGAACAAGUGUUCCUCAUGACAUUGCAAAAACUACGAUUCAACUACUUUUUUAAAAACUUGAGUAUUUCAUACGAAGUGUGUCCAGCAACCGCCGCAAAAUAUUUUUUUUCCACCAUAUAUACUAUUUACCAUGUGAUGCACAAUGUGGUGCACUGGCCAGAAAGGUCGAUAUUGAAAAAGCACACCCCACAGUGCUUCAAGGAUGUAUUUGGAGACAGUGUGACUGUGAUCAUUGACUGCUUCGAAAUUCGAGCUGAAAAACCGUCAAACCCUAUUGCAGCCGCGAAACAAUGGUCGGAGUAUAAGAAAUCAAACACUCUGAAAUAUUUGGUCGGCAUUAGCUCGGCUGGCUCGGUAAUCUUUGUGUCAAAAGGCUACGGUGGACGAGCGUCCGAUAAAACGAUUGCCAAAUCUUCAGGAUUCCUCGCUAACAUCCUGGAGGGUGAUGUAGUUCUCGCGGAUCGAGGAUUUCUCAUCGACGAGGAAGUGCAAGCUAAAAACGCUACCUUGAAUAUGCCAGCAUUCCGGAAAAAUGGUGGUCAACUUUCUCCUGUUGAAAUAGAAAAUACUCGAAGGAUCGCGACGGUGCGCAUUCACGUGGAACGCGCAAUUGGACAAAUUAAGGAAAAAUUCAAAAUCAUUAAAAAUAAUGUGCCAAUGUCACUGAUGUUACGAAAGCACAAUAACGUCAUGGCAAUGGAUAUGAUUGUAUUUGUCAGUUGCAUUCUUGUAAACAUGUGCAAACCAAUUGUUAAUUGAAUA